AUGGAAGUCAUCGCCGACGUCUCAAGGCUAGCCACAGCUUUCGUCACCGGCCAUGGUCUAGAGGAUUACAGUCGCCCAGCUUUGCCAAAAUCUUCCGGAACCAGUCACGGCGAAAACGCCCGCAUAGGGCAUCCAGACAGCCAAGGCAAUCUUACUGUUAUCGACAAUACCCUCUCUUCAGCUGCUCUGGAGUUCAUCUGCGAGGAGCUCUGCAGCCCUUUGUGCGAUCACAUUCCCUCGGUCAUGAGGAUUGUUGAUUCUAUAUUGAAGGGCAAUGCAGACUUGCAGGAACUUACCAAUGCGUUCCAGUAUUACCUUGCCAGAAUCACCCCAACUGAUGUCCAGACCCUGACAGAAGGAGCUGAGGAUAUCUACGACAUCUUCGUCGCCACGCCUUCAAAACUGGAGGAUUUGAUUGACGCUAUCAAAAUCGACUUGGGAACGCUCGGCGUUAACGGCACCUGGAGGCUGCUUCGAGCUGGCCUAUCCAUCUACUUCCGUCUCUCCCCGUCUGACGAGCACAACCUAUUUCGAACACUUGGAGACAUCAUUACCCAUUUUGAUGCAUCCAAUGCUUCAAGCUAA